AUAUUGAUUUUGAUGUAUGCCGAAUGGAUGAAAGUACAGGGAAGCUGCAACCAAACGCGUAAAUACAGGACGAGCAUAUGAAGAUUGGAGUGCAGAGUAAAGGUAAAGUUUCUUUGUGGUGUCACAAUAAUAAUGUUUCUGAAAUGUUUUGGCGACAGAAAUUCAAGUGGUGCUGGUAGAGGGUAUCCCACAGUAAUCGAAGAGCUGUGCCGUCCAUUUUCUUGGGCUGAAAUUAAGAAAGCAACCAACAACUUUGAUGAAAAGAGAAUAAUUGGAGAUGGAGAAUUUAGUAAAGCAUAUAAAGGUUAUCUUAAACGCAAUGAUGGUACUGAUUAUGCAGUUGCAGUGAAGCGAUUUAAAGUGGAACGCCCUGAUGGAUGGGGAGAGUUCAUGACUGAGGUAGAGUUGCACUGCCAGCUUCAUCACCCUCAUAUAAUCUCUCUUAUAGGAUUCUGCAUCCACAAAAAAGAAAAGAUUAUCGUGUUCGAGUACAUGCCCAAUGGAUCUCUACAUGGACACCUGCAAGGUGGGGAACUGUCAUGGAAGAAAAGGCUAGAGAUUUGCAUAGGAGCAGCACGUGGACUACACUACCUUCAAGCAGGAGCUAAGCGUACCAUCAUUCACCGUCACAUCAAACCUAGCUACAUUCUUUUGGACCACAACAUGCACCCAAAACUCGUAGGUUUCGGCCUUAGCAUACAAGGAGCACGUUUUAUGUCAAAGCCUAAACCAAUUCAAUUAGACAUUAUUAGAGGUACUCUUGUCUACGCAGCGCCGGAGUCUUACCAGAAAGGUAUCGUGACAGAUAAAAGUGAUGUUUACUCGUUUGGUAUAGUUCUACUAGAAGUUGUGUGGGGAAGAGGAAUUUACGACAUUGUAAGAGAAGGAGAAGCAAGAGAUUUUCUGGAGAAGCCUGUUGAGGAGAAAAUUGAUCCAAAUAUGAUUGGUAAGAUUGCACCGGAGUGUUGGCAAGUGUUUGCAGAUAUGACGGUAAGAUGCUUGGAAUAUGAAGCUGAUGAGAGACCAACAAUGGGUGAAGUAGAGGUGGAACUUGAGCGUGCUUUGUCGCUACAAGAACAACAAGAUAUCGCAAACACCAACGGUCCUUAUACCUUAAUUUCCACCACCAUUAUUCCCUGGGAUCUAUGAUAGCGAUUCUGAACAAAGUAUUGUAUCCGUAAGUUAUCUGACUAGCUGCUAAAUGUUUGUCUUUUGAGUCAAACAGUCACAUAGUAAGCUUUUGGGGGAUCAAGUUUAAUUGAGAUACUUGUUUUUUAUUUAUUCAGAUAUUGAUUUUACCGUAAGUUGUCACAUUGUAAGCUUUUGGAAGAACCAUUAUUGCUUCACCUCUUUCGUCUUCACAGCUAAGCUAUAGAGUGGGCAGCACAUACCACCUCCUUGAUUAUUCUUUACUCAA